AUGGGUUAUGUGGAAUUCCCUCUCACGCCCGUAUGCCGCAGGCUACUGAUCGCCUUCUGCAUUAUUGAAACGAUAAUGCUUUGCGCCCUGGCACUGCGAAUUGCAUCGCGUGUAGUUCAGAGAGUCAAGUCGUACGGGGAAGAUAUUCUCAUAGUCUUCGCUGCUGUAGAUGUCACGGCAAUGCUUGUGCUAUUUGGAUUUUUGAUAAAGGCCGGCGAAGGGCACCCUGAUUCAGAGCUUGUGGUGAAUUAUACCUUCAGGGGAAAGGUACUCAUAGCCGAGGCAUUUCUCUAUAUUUUCGGAGUCGUAUGCGCCAGACUUGGGGUCUUUAUCUUCUAUCUAAGAGUCUUUCCCAACCAGACAUUCCAAUUACUUACUAAGGGUUUUAUGGUCAUCUCGACGUGUCUCGUUAUCGCCAACGGACUUUGGGGCGUUUUCACCUGCAAACCCGUGAGCUUGAGCUGGGACCUAACGGUGACUGGGGAGUGCGACGACACUAUGGCUCCUUAUGCUGCGGCGACCAUCGUGAGCAUCGUCUCCGAUGUUGUUUCUAUCAUAUUACCUCUGCCGCUGAUAUGGCGACUACAAAUGAAGCGAAGCAAUAAGAUCAGCCUAACCUGCUUAUUUGCCGUUGGGUUGAGCACUGCGUCUUUGGCUUCAUGGCGCUUUUAUGUGCUAUACCAUCCGACAGCUGAUCUUCGAGCAAUCAUUAUUUCCGCGGCGGCACUGGAAAUCGAAAUGGUAAUAAUCUGCUCGAGUGUGCCUAUAAUCUAUCCCUUGCUUCUACGGAAAAGCCAGAAAUUAGGCGGCGGCCGUUGGGAGAAGUUUCGACAGACAAAGGGCCCCACGUCUCGGGUCAUUCGCACAUUUGGAUCAUCCACCCGGCAAGAGAGGAAUUUUGACCGGCUGGACAGUUUGAUGAAUUCUACAGUCGCAACGUAUGAGCUCGACAUGGCAUCUUCUAGGGCGGUACCCGGUACUGGUAUUGGGUUCACCGAGGAGUGGUCAGUGGUUGGCACUUCCAAAGUCGAUAAACUUCAUGUUGGUGAUAGAUCCGCAUUGCAGGAUGCUUAA